AUGACGCGCAACGUCCUCAUCGCGGUGCUCCGCAACGAUCUCCGCCUCCACGACCAUCCCAUCUUCCACCUCUGUGCCGAGCCAACGCCUGCAUCCGCCGCAUUCAAGAAACCCAUCACCCACGUCCUCCCCGUCUACGUCUGGGAUCAGCGCCAUGUAGAGGUCUCGGGCUUCCCCAACAUCGAAAAGGCCGGCAAGCAGGGCGGCGGCAAGGGCCAGUCGCAGUUUGCCAAGACGCGCGAACUCGGCAUCUGGCGCACGGGCAUCCACCGCACAAAGUUCAUCAACGAGAGUGUGUUUGACCUGCGCGAUCGGCUGCGCGCGGUGGGAAGCGACCUCGCCAUGUUCGCCGGCACGCCCGAGAGCGUGGUGCCGUCGCUGAUCAAGUCGAUCCGCGACAAGGGCGACACGGUCGAGGCCGUCUACCUCGGCCGCGAGAUCAACACCGAGGAGGUCAACGUGCAGCGCCGCCUCGACGCCAUCCUCGCCGACCUCCAGUGUCCCUUUAAGCUGCUCGAGGGCAAGUCGCUCAUCCACUCGCGCGACCUCGGCUUCCCCGUCAAACAGCUCCCGGACGUCUUUACCCACUUCCGCAAGCAGGUCGAGUCUCCGGACAUGUUCCGCGAGCCCGUCCCCGCCCCCGACAAGCUCAAGCCGUUCGCCGAGGUGCAGGUCGACGAUGCGCCCGGCUGCUUCGGCCUCUCGUCCAAGAGCGCACAGGGCUUCGACCGCAAGGAGACCGUGGAAAAGCACCUCGUGCAGCCUCUGCUCGACGAGCCCGUGCUGGGCCACAAGGAGCUGCUCUCCAAAGUCGCCUCGUCGCCAGCCACAUUCGACGUGCCGCACUCGGCCUUCCCCUACCGCGGCGGCGAGACCGAGGCGCUCCAACGCCUCGAACACUACUUUGGCGGCGCAAAGUCGUCGCCCGCGGCGCACUACAAGGAGACGCGCAACCAGAUGCUCGGUGCCGACUACAGCACCAAGUUUGCGGCGGCGCUCGCGCACGGCCUGCUCUCGCCGCGGCUCAUCGCGCAGCGCGCCACGGAGCUCGACGCAUCCACGGGCAACGCCAAGGGUGGCGGCUACUGGAUCCUGUUUGAGCUGCUGUGGCGCGACUACUUUUACUUUGUCGGCUGGAAGUUUGGCUCGCACCUUUUCACGCUCGCGGGCAUCGAGGAGGAGAUCUCGCCGCGCUCGGCGCAGUCCAAGGCGUACGAGUGGAAGUCGACCAACUCUCUCUCGGACCGCAAAGACCCGUUUGUUCGGUGGGCGACAGCGCGCACGGGUGUUCCGCUGAUUGACGCCAACAUGGUUGAGCUCGUCCAUACCGGCUUCAUGUCCAACCGCGGUCGGCAGAACGUUGCGAGCUUCCUCACCAAGGACCUGGGGUGGAACUGGCGUCACGGCGCCGAGUUCUUCGAGAGCUGGUUGGUGGAUUACGACACCAACUCCAACUGGGGCAACUGGCAGUACGUUGCGGGCGUUGGCAACGAUCCGCGCAGCUCGCGCCAGUUCAACCCCAUCAAGCAGGGCAAGGACUACGAUGCCAACGGCGAGUACGUGGCGACGUGGCUGCCGCAGCUCAAGUCGCUGCCCGAGCGCGUGCGCCACCACCCCUGGACGGCAGGCUCCGAGGUGCCAGACUACCCGCCGCGACCCAUGAUCGAGCAGCAGAUGUGGAAGAAGCACUACUCGAACAACGGUGGUGGUGGAGGUGGCGGUGGAGGUGGAAACCGCAGCGGCCACGGCGGAAACCGAAGGGGCGGCGGUGGAGGUCGCGGCCGUGGCUCGCACCGUGGUCGCCGCGGCGGUGGCCCGCAGGCUGCCUAA